CGUGAGGGGAAGGUCCAGGAUCAGAGUUCAGACAUGGUGGGAAAGGCGUGAGGAGCGCGGAAAGCGUGAAGAGGGUGAGGGGUGGAAGAAGGGAAGAUCGUGAGGGGCGGGAAGGCUGGAGAGGACUCUGCGCCUGCUGUGAGGGCAGACACGCCCCGUGCCUGCGCAGUGAUGGCGGCGAAGCCGGAUCGGGCUCCGCGCCUGCGCAGGCGCUGAGGGCAGGCGAGCGGCGGGAAAUCGCCAUGGCGGAGGAGGCGGCGGGAGCCGCCGGCUCCCCCGGCCCGGCCGCUGCCCCGUCCCCGCGGGGCUCGACCGGGCCACAGGAGGACGAGCGAUGCCCCGGCGGAGCCAGCUCUGAGAGCGGAGGGGCCGCGCCAGACCCGAACUCUGAGGCGAAUUUCAACCCUCCCAGCAGCAAGGGCACCCCGGGCUCGUCCAGCAGGAAGAAAAGAGCCCCGAGCAGCCCCGGCCAGGAGCCCAAUUCCCUCCGGCUGUCUCCGGCUGUCACCUCCCCUCAAGACCCGAACUCUGAGGCGAAUUUCAACCCUCCCAGCAGCAAGGGCACCCCGGGCUCGUCCAGCAGGAAGAAAAGAGCCCCGAGCAGCCCCGGCCAGGAGCCCAAUUCCCUCCGGCUGUCUCCGGCUGUCGCCUCCCCCCGGGGCCGCCGCCGCUCCUGGCGCCGCUCCAGCCUCCAGGGCCGCCGCUCCCGCCGCAAGUCGCUGCCCCCCGUGCACCGCGAGGUCACCGAGUUGAGCCAAUCCAUCAGCCUGGAGCUCCCUGAGGUUCAGCGGCUCUCCCUCCUCCUCCUCUCCAGCUUCCAGUUCAGCGCGCGGCAGCUGCAGCAGGAGCUGCAGGGCUCCCCCGGCUUCCAGCCCGACGCCUUCUCCGCCCAAGAAGGGCCUGGAGGAGUUCCAGAGGCUCCUGCAGAGGCUGCUCCAGGAUGGGACCCUCGGGAAUUGCCUGGAGCCAAAGGCUGGGGAUUCCCUGGAUCCAGCCCUGGAGGGAUCCGUGGCGCAGGUGAAGCUGCUCAAGGCCAGUCUCUCAGGGGAGCUCCAGGCCUGGGAUCAGCUCCUGCAGCAGCACCUGCAGCGCUCCCAGGAGGCCUCCAGGGCUCUGGAGCAGCUCCGUGCCGGGACCCCGCCCUGGGCCCCGCCCCCAGCUGGCCCCGCCCCCUGCCCCGCCCUCGGCCCCGCCCCCCGGCCCGACUACGGCGCUGUCCUGGCCCGGCUGGGCCCGGCCCUGCAGCAGCUGCGGCUCCUGGUGGACGAGGCCCAACAAGCCGGGAAGAUGGCGCUGGAAUUCCACCAGCAGAGCAGGAACUUCCUCAGGGACCUCUCGGAGCAGCUGGCUUCCAGAGCGUUCCAGAAGCUUCCGAGCUCCCCCGCGCGGCGGCUGCUGCAGAGGAGGUGCCAGAAGGUUCCGCCCGAGGAGGGGGAAUGAAAAUAAAAACCCCCAAAAUCUUCAGAGGGCAAGGCGGGGACGGCAACAUCUGGAUGGGGACCUGGACACCUGGGAGGAGGACCCCCCAACAUCUGGAUGGGGACCGUGAAACCUGGGGGGAGACCCCCCCCAACAUCUGGAUGGGGACCUGGACACCUGGGAGGAGACGCCCCCCAACAUCUGGAUGGGGACCUGGACACCUGGGAGGAGACCCCCCCCCAACAUCUGGAUGGGGACCUGGACACCUGGGAGGAGACAACCCCAACAUCUGGAUGGGGACCUGGACACCUGGGAGGAGACACCCCCCCCAAACAUCUGGAUGGGGACCUGGGAGGAGACCCCCCCAACAUCUGGAUGGGGACCUGGACACCUGGGGGGAGACCCCCCCCCAACAUCUGGAUGGGGACCGGGACACCUGGGAGGAGACCCCCCAACAUCUGGAUGGGGACCUGGACACCUGGGAGGAGAACCCCCCAACAUCUGGAUGGGGACCUGCACACCUGGGAGGAGACCCCCACCCAACAUCUGGAUGGGGACCUGGACACCUGGGAGGAGACCCCCCCCAACAUCUGGAUGGGGACCUGGACACCUGGGAGGAGACCGCCCCAACAUCUGGAUGGGGACCUGGACACCUGGGAGGAGACCCCCCCAACAUCUGGAUGGGGACCCCAACAGCUGGAAUGGGGACAGCAAGGCCAGGGUGGGGCCUUUGAGAUGGGCCCCAACAUCUGGAUGAGGACCCCGGGGGGGUGGGAAUGGGCCCCAACAUCUGGAACGGGGACCUUGAAACCUGGGGGGGGGGGGGGGAGACCCCAACAUCUGGAUCGGGACCACAACACCGGGAAAGGGGACAGGACCCCCCGCCCCCAACAUCUGGGCAGCGGCAGCAACAUCUGGAAUGGGGACACCCCGGUCUGGCGGGUCCUCAACAUCUGGAAGGGGAGCCUGAACAUCUGGCUGGAGACCCCCAACAUCUGGGGGAGGGGACCCCCCAAAAAAACCAUCUGGACAAGGCCCCCGCCCCCUCCCCCCCAACAUCUGGAUGGUGACGUCUGUGCGUUCUCCCCCAAAACAUCUGGCGGGGCCGACCCCGAAUAAACCGGGGGUGACGCCGAAAAAA